AUGGCAAAUCGAAAGAAGCUCUUAGUUCUUUCUGGAGAUCACGUUGGUCCUGAAAUUAUCAAGGAGGCUAUUAAGGUCUUAGAUGUGGUCGCAGAAUUUCGCCCAGAUAUAGAAAUUGAUAUAGAAUAUGGUUUGAUUGGUGGCACAAGCUUGAACGCUUAUGGCCUCCCCAUUUCUGAUCAGACUCUUGAAAAGGCUGCCUCAAGUGACGCGGUACUAUUGGGGUCUGUUGGAGGACCAGAGUGGGAACACUUCCCAGGUCACUUGAGGCCAGAAAUUGGUAUUUUAAAACUUCGGGCGCGCCUUAACGCUUUUGCCAAUAUCAGGCCUUGUCGGUUUUUCGCGACCAGUCUGAUUAAUCGAUCUCCAUUAAAGCCCGAGAUUGUAGCAGGCGUCAAUUUCAUUAUUGUUCGAGAAAACUGCGGGGGUGCAUAUUUCGGGAGUAAGGAUGAACGGGAGGAAAUAGGCUCCGACCUUUGGGUUUAUCGAAGGGCAGAAAUUGAACGCUGUGCCCGUGUCUCCGCCGCAUUGGCUAUGCAACCCAGUCAUUCUGGAGAAAAACACAUUGUGUGGAAUGCAGACAAGGCCAAUGUUCUUGCCAGCAGCCGUAUCUGGCGAAGAAUAACACAUGAAACUUUCAGUCGAGAAUUUCCUGAACUUGAGUUGCAGGAUCAACUGGCAGACAGCAUGGCCAUGCUGUUGGUGAAAUCGCCCACCAAAUUCAACGGGAUAAUCCAUACGGAUAACACCUUUGGUGACAUUCUGUCUGACAUCUCAGGGGGACUUAUUGGAUCCUUAGGUGUUCUCCCAAGUGCCAGUAUUUCCUCCGUGCCAGGCCAAGGUCCCUGCAAAGGGAUAUAUGAAGCCGUUCAUGGAAGCGCACCGGAUAUCUCAGGCAAAGGUAUUGCCAAUCCUGUUGGACAGAUUCUAAGCCUAGUGCUCCUACUCAGGUUUUCAUUCGAAAUGUCCGACGAAGCAACGCGGCUCGAAAAUGCUAUACAAGUAGUCCUAGAUUCGAGUGAGUAUCAGGGGCUCGGAAUCAGAACUCCUGACCUCGGAGGCUCAGCUUCGACCAAGGAGGUUGGAGACGCAAUAUGUGCUGUUUAUCGUUCGGGCUUCCAAACUAUAUAUGGAUGA